AUGGCAGUGGAGGAUGUCUUCAGACCAGCACCGGCCAUUGUUGACGAGGUCAGUAAUACUAGCUAACAUUAAUGCAUCUUAAGACAAAAUUAGGUGAAUUUUUAUUACAUACCUGCCUGUGCAAAGCUUUUCAACAACUUACACUGUAAACUUUCAAAUUACAGCAUUGUUAAUUAUUUUUCUUUUUUUUUAAAGAAAAAUUGGUUCUUACUUGCGGGUUUUUACUGUGUCUUUAGAAAAAACUUACUUACAACUUAUGGUGUGGAUUAAUAAAAAUCUUUUUAUGUUUAAGGUUCUUCUUGAAAAACUGACCGACGCACCUUGUCCAGCCCUUCCUAAACUGGAGUUCAUAGUAAGACAGGCCAACCGACUUUGCCAGCGCCUUCGGCCGAAAGAGCCAACCGAACUUGACUUCAGCCUGGAGGAAAACCAUCUGCCCAAUGCCUUUAUGAAA